AUGACUCCCUCGACCACCUUUCAAAAAUCUGCCCCGGCCUCGUCGCUCUCCGUGGCCCUCUGUCGAUCCGUCUUUCUCAAGUACAUCUACAUGACCUACCUCUUCCUACUCCAGCUCUUAGCUCUCCCCUCGACCGCCUUCCAGAGAUUUGCCCGUCGUCGCAGGAGUGGCCUCUCUCUCGAUAGCAAAAAGAACGACAACAGCGUGGACAACGGAUCGGGUGGUGCCCUUGUGGGCGCAGUCGGCGAAAAGUUCGUUCAACAGUAUACCCUGGAUAACCACCUCAACACCAGCACCAACAACAAUAAUGGUUCAAACAAUAACGGCAAUUCCAUGCUCAGGAGGUCGUCUCGGUUCAAAUCUCGGUCAGACCUGGAGGAGAUUGCCCAAUCGUCAACAAUGUCCCUUUCCGAUCCGAACUCUUCUUCGGGUCUGACGCCAUCAUCACGAUACACUGCCGCCUCAGCCUCGGUUAGUUCUAGCGCUGCUGGCACGUUGACACCCCGGAACUCAUCGACAUUCUCGCAUGCGGGAUAUGGAACCGACUCAAUGGCAGAGGAUGGAUCAGGCGAUAACUCGACCACACGUGGGAACAAUGUACGACUGCGCCAGAGAAUGGGUCGUCCCAUGUCGGGACUAUCUUCAGGGUAUCACGGUGCCGGCGCCGGAGGCAUGGGAGCAAGGAAAAAGACGCUGGUCCUGGAUCUGGAUGAGACUUUGAUCCAUUCGACAUCGAGAGGGUCAAGAUCGCAGGGAUACAUGGUUGAAGUCUUGGUCGACCGACAUGCGUGCCUUUAUUACGUUUACAAGCGGCCGCAUGUCGAUUACUUUUUGAAAAAGGUGGCUGAAUGGUACAAAUUGGUCAUCUUCACAGCAUCCAUGGCAGAGUACGCGGACCCUGUGAUCGAUUGGCUUGAUCAGAGCAAGACUCUUUUUGACAAGCGUUAUUUCCGACAGGCAUGUUUCAACCACAACGGCAGCUACUUGAAGGACUUGACGGUGGUCGACUCGGACCUGUCCUCUGUCUGUCUCCUCGACAACUCGCCCUUGUCUUACUCUCUGAACAAAGAAAACGGGAUUCCAAUCGACACUUGGAUCGACGACCCUAACGACGAGGCGCUGUUGGAUUUGUUGCCCUUUUUGGAUGCAUUGAGGUUCACGGAGGAUGUCCGAUCAGUCCUUUCCCUUAGAACCGUAUAG